UGAAAAAAUAACAUACUAAACCGAUAACUGCGUUAGUAAUAUUAGCGCCCUUAAUUUGUAGUCAUUAAGUUACCACGUAUAUACUUAUGUAUACGUAUAUUUUUUCUUAGCAAGAUACUAGGAGUUUUCUUUUUUCCUAUGGCAAGUAGGACCCUUCGUAGAGAUUGUUUUGGUUGGUGGCGGCGGGGCUUCAAGGGACAGUUUUUGGUCAGAGAAGCGUUUCAGUAUGUCUUCAAUGAGUGUCCCCGUCAUCGAUGUGCAAAACAAUAAUUUUAAAGAGCUCUGGCCAGCCCUAACUUUGGCCAUAAAGACUUCAACCUUUAUAGCAGUUGACACGGAGUUAAGCGGCUUGGGGUCAAGGAAGGCACUUCUAGCACAAUCCGUUGAAGAUCGAUACAAAGCAAUAUGCCAAGCUGCCCGAACACGCUCAGUUUUAUCCUUGGGAAUCGCUUGUUAUAAAAAGCUCUUUGACAAGGCACCUCAUACAUACCUGGUACAAAUUUAUAACUUGACUCUGCUAUGUAUGGAAGACUAUGUCAUUGAACCUCAGUCAGUGCAGUUCUUGGUACAGCAUGGCUUUGACUUCAAUAAACAAUACUCCCAAGGCAUUCCUUAUCACAAGGGGAAUGACAAGGGAGGAGAUUUGCAUAACCACACCAUAAGAGCCCUAUUUUUAGAGGUGAUUCGAGCCCGCAAGCCCCUCAUUCUUCACAAUGGCCUAAUCGAUCUAGUUUUCCUCUACCAGUGCUUUUAUGCUCAUCUGCCUGAACAUUUGGGCACUUUUACUGCUGAUCUUUCGGAGAUAUUUCCUGCUGGAGUGUUUGACACAAAAUAUGCAUCAGAAUUUGAGAUGCGGUUCACUGCUUCCUACCUAGAGUAUGUCUACAAAAAAUGACUCCUUGCCAUAUCCUGCCACCCAGAAGUCAUAUCAUUCGAAGUUAAUGGCGUGAAACUGUUUAAAUUGCAUCACUCUGUUGUCCAAGUUUGUAGAUAUACAGUCAUGUGAAAAGGACACACCUGGGAAAUUAUUGACUUUAACAGAAUAUUUGAACAGGCAAAAAGUAUAUCUUCAUGCAGUUAGUGCCUACAGAUGAAGGUAAUAUGCAUGAAACUGACAUGGUGUAUUGACUCUCAUAAUUUAAAUUAACAGAAAUGCUGAUUUGACAGAUGGAAGACUUAAGGGUAUGCCUACAUUUACAACCUUUUCAGAUCCGUAAAUUUAAAAUGAGGUGUUCCAGUUUAGGUGCCAGUGAUGACAACCUCCAUACGAAGUAUACAGGUGGAACCUGUCCUAUUUAAAUUACAGAUACCUAGAAUCUGAUGUUGUCUUUGCUAUUGGCUUGUGUGAAGGUCAAAAGAACUCCCCAAAGCCCUCAGAAAGAAGGUUGUGAAUGUCUCGGAGUCUGGGAAGGAAUUUAAAAAGACUGCCAAAUUAUUUGAAAUCAGUCAUUCUACUGUAAGGAAAAUCAAUUACAAGUGGUGUAGAUUUCAAACAACUUCUAAUUGGUCCAGGGCUGGCCAGCCAGGCAAGAUCAGCCCAUGAGCUGACCAUUUAAUACUAAAAGAAGUCUCCAAGAACCCCAAAAAUGUAUUGUGGGUUCUGCAGGUAAUUUGCAGCAGAUGGUAUCCAAUGUGCAUGUAUCUACAAUCAGAUAGAGUCCGUACCGAUUUGACCUGCAUGUGAGGUGCACCAGGGAAAAGUUAGAGCAAAACUACAGUGUGACAUUGAGCAUGUAGCAGCGACCAGGCCUUUAAGAACAAUGCACUAUGAACUGUUGAAUCAAAACUAGUUCGGUACAAACCAAAGACAACUGUUCAGGAGAACCUCUUAACAGCUGUGAAACAUGCUGGUGGGAAUGUUAUGAUAUGGGAUUGCUUUGCUGCCUCAGGGCCUGUACAGCUUGCAGUCAUCGAGUCAAAUAUGAAUUAUACACCAUAUCAAAGUAUACCUGUGUGAGACAUUCCGUAAAAGGAGGAGUGGUCAAAAAUGUUAAUCAAAAUGCGUAAUUAGUGGGCUGUUAUGCAAAAACAAGGACUGUACAAGAAGUAUUUUCUGCUAAUUGGUGCAAUGUCAACUUCAGA